AUGCAAAGCGUCUCACGAUCGAUUACUGGUCUCUGCGCCGGCACAAUUGGUUCCGCUCCACCUCGCUCAUGGCCUCCAGCGCUUGGGCGCUGGCGCUCUAGCGUCGGAAGAGUAGUCUCCGCUCCGCCUCGCUGGUGGCCAAUAGCGCGUGAGGGACGAGGUGCUUCACUCCUUCUGUCAUCAUCAGCCCAUUCGAAUCGGCAUCUGGAUCUUCUUUCCAGCUGCAAUAAGGAGAAGCAGAAUAAGCCACACUCGUACAAACCCGAAGGUUGUGCCACUAUCAAAUGCUUAGACACUGCAAAUACGAGGGAGAAAGUGACCAGUGUGAAGAAGUUAACCAAUGAGGUCACAGAUAGCAAUCCCACGAAGGUUGCUGAUAUAUUCAUCCCGUCUAUCUUCUCAAAUAGUAGCCACCGUGAUGGAGCCAUAUACAAGAACAAGCUUUUCACGGAAAACUGGUUUGAUAUCGACAUUACUGACCACAACGAGACUCGGUUGGAGCCGAUGAUGUUCUCGAAGGCAAUCAAAAAAGCUUAUUUUCCAUGCAACAUGUUGCAAUUUUUCUCAUUGACGUUGGCCGAGUGUUCCAUCAACCAUGACCCCAUAGAAUUGUAUGGGUAUAUAGCUGUGCGGGAUGAUAGGGAUGGCAUGCGUAACUAUGUUCUUAAUUAUAGCAGGGAUGAUCCCAUCAUCACACAAAAGGUACAAUUCUAA